AUGCCAUCAAGUACAACACCACCACCAGAGCUCGAGGUGCUUACCUUUCUCUCGGAUCCCAACGCACAGGUCCGACAGGUCGCCCUCAGCAAUAUCGUUGGCUUCAGUGCAAAAGGCAGCCCGCAACGGUCGUUGCUCAUCUCGAAGCACAAGAACAGAGAUGGUUCUCCUUUGCUCGGCCGCGACGGCAAUGAAGUGGACACGGUCGAAGAUCUCAAGCGGCUCUGUCAAGACCAGCCUAUCACCGCCCACGAUGCUUUCAGCGCAUUGAUCAACAUCUCGGAUAGCUUGGUGCUGGCACGCAAGAUUGGCGACAAGGCCUUCCUCGAGUUCCUGGUGCGGUACAUCGCCGACCCCGUCUCUUUGCUUGCCGACCUCGCAUGCAUGCUCCUCUCCAACCUCACCAAGCUCGAGUCCAUCUGCGCCAUCUUGCUUGACCUUCAAGUGCAGGCCCGCCCCUUCUAUAGCUUCAUGGCAUCCGAAGAGAUGGAGGGUGCGCUCAACGGCAUGGACGUCGAGCCAAACGAUCCAGAGUAUGCAGCCAAAAAGGCAAAAGCGGAGGAGUAUGCCAAAAAGGUAGCUGAUCAGGCCCAAAAGAUGGACGAAAAGGUGCCUGCCAUGGCCAGGCUGCUCGACGCUUUCGAGGAAGGUGCUACCGUCGCUUCCCAGGGCAGCGAUCUCGAGGUCAUGAAGCAGCGCGCAAAGGAGGCUGCCACCAAGGCCCAGACCGACCAUGAGCCAGAAAAAGUGGAACGGGGACCUGAUGGCCGUCCGCGUAUCAAGCGCAAAACCAACUGCAACUUCCUCGCGAGCGUCUUUGCCAACGUCACGGUGCUGCCAAGGGGAAGAGAUUGGUUUGUGAGCCCAUUGUCCGCCUCUUCCGCAGCAGCUUCGGCUACAGCGCAGGCAGCUCUCGCUCGAGGCGUCGACGAGCAGGGCGCGGUGCCUGCAGCCACAGAAUACCCCGUUGCUCGCAUCAUGGCCUUCACCGAACAUCCCAACCUCAUCCGUCGAGGGGGCGUUAUCAGCACACUCAAGAACGUCUUGUUUGUCAAAUCGGCACACAAGCUGCUCGUCGCGCCACCACCCGUUCGCGACGGCGAAGACGAGAUGCUCGCUGGUGCGCUUCGUGCUACCACACGGCCUCCUUCUUCCGUCGAUAUCCUACCUUACCUCUUGCUCCCGCUCUGCGAUGGUAAGGAGCUCGCUGAAGUCGACCUCGAAGACCAAGAGGAACUGCCCGAAGAAUGCCAGAUGCUUCCGGAAGACAAGAAACGCGAAAGAGAUCCAGCACUCCGUCUCAUGCUCGUCGAGAGCCUGCUUCUCCUUUGCACCAACCUUUACGGCCGCCAGUGUCUGCGCGCACGUGGCGCCUACGUCGUGGUCAGGUCAGCGCAUCUGGUCGAAGCAGAUGAAAAGAUCGCAGAGGCCGUGCUCAGGCUCGUCAACAUUCUCAAGAGGGACGAGUCCGCUUCAACGGCCAAGGACCUCGAAGAUGACGCCGAGGCCAAUGAAGAGGACAUCGGAGCCGAGGUACAGCAGGACGACGACAGCGAUGAUGAAGACUUGCAGAUCGAAGAGCUCUGA